AUGGAGGCUUCAGAACCUACCCACCCUACACCGUCCACCAGGGACCAGCCAGCCCCUGCAUCUGGCCUUCCAGCGGGCCCAGGUGGGCAGGCCUCACCUCGCCUGACUCUGGGUCCUGUUAUUCUGCCACCGGAGCAGAGCCUGCCCCAGACUGUGUUCCUGAAGGCCUUGCCUGUCCCACUGUACCACACAGUCCCUCCCGGCGGCUUCCAGCCACGUGCUCCCCUCGUGACAGGCAGUCUGGAGGGGACCAGCGUACCCUUCAUCCUCAGCCCCUUGCUGCAGCCUGAAGGCCCGGGUCCUGGGCAGGUGGGCAAGCCAGCUACCCCUGCCCUGACUGUGAACAUCGUCAGCACACUGCCGGUACUCUCCCCGGGGGUGGGGUCCGCGCUGGUCAACACAGGCAGAUUGAAGAACGCUGGUAAGUACCUGUGCUCACACUGCGGCCGGGACUGCUUGAAGCCCAGCGUGCUAGAGAAACACAUCCGCUCCCACACAGGCGAGAGGCCCUUCCCGUGCUCCACCUGUGGCAUCGCCUUUAAGACCCAGAGCAACCUGUAUAAGCACAGGCGGACUCAGACUCAUCUCAACAAUUCCCGCUUGUCCUCGGAGUCUGAAGGGAGUGGGAGCAGCCUUCUGGAGGAGGCAGACAGGCCAGGAGACACUGCCUCAGUGGACAGCCGGGGAGAGUUAGGAGCUCCGGAGACAGCCCUUUCCCCAGGUGCUCAUCCCAGUCUUGCUGCUAAGAACAGGGAACACCGGAAGGUGGAAUCGGCUCCCUCCCUCUUGGCCACGCUUCCCCACAGGGAGUCCUCUGUGGAUCAGACCCAGGUGGUGUCGCCUGAGUUCCCGCUAGCCAGCCCGCAGCCUCGGCGGAAGCGACAGCAGGAGACGUGCUCAGAGAAGCCUUGGGACUCCAAGGCUUUGGAGGGCCAGCUGAGGAAGUGUGAGAGCACGGACUCCGGCUACCUGUCGCGCUCAGACAGCGUGGAGCAGCCUCCCGUGGCCUCCAGCCCUUUGCACAGUCUAUCGGAACACAGCGCAGAGUCUGAGGGGGAAGGAGGACCUGGCUGUGGCUCCACCGGCAGCAGGGCUGACCGGGGAGCCUCGGGGGCCAGCCUGGAGAUGGAGAAGAAGAAACUGGAGGAACGCAUUGCCCAGCUCAUCUCCCACAACCAGGCGGUGGUGGACGACCCGCAGCUGAACCACGUGCGGCCCCGCAAGACUGUGUUGUCCAAGCAGGGCAGCAUUGACCUGCCCAUGCCCUAUACCUACAAGGAUUCCUUCCACUUUGACAUCCGGGCGCUGGAGCCCGGCCGCAGGAGGAUGGCCCUCAGCCCGGCCUGCUCCACCUUCACACCCCUGGAGAAGGCCAGGCCCGUUUUCUUCCACUCCGUCCCCACACAGCUCUCCACCACUGUGGAAUGUGUUCCAGUCACCAGAAGCAACUCCCUGCCUUUCAUUGAGGGUUCUAAGCGGUGGCCAGAGCCACGGGACCUACAAGAUGCUGUUCCCAGGAUGCAGAAGACCCUGAGCCCCAGGCUCACCGCCGGGCGGCUGGGAUGCCGCCCAGGACUAACCUUGGCAGGCGUCCCCAGUGGUCACCCUCGGGCUCUGGUGAGACAGGCUGCUGUGGAGGACCUGCCGUGUACCCCCACCAGAGACCCCUCGACUGUGGCUGAGGACCUAGAUGGAAAGAGAGCUGUGGUAAAGGAGGCGGUGGCCUGCAAAGGCAAGGCCAGUAAGAAGUGCAGCCAGAGGAAGCAAAAGAUGUUCUCCCAGGAGAAAUGGCAGGUGUAUGGGAAUGAGUCUUUCAAGAGAAUCUACCAGAAGAUGAAGACCAACCACCAGGGAGGACAGAAACACGGGGAGGUGAAACAGGGUCAGGGGACAGAACUGGACCUCUCACCCCAGGAUGCGGUAAUAGAGGGUGCAGGCCUAUCACAAGACAACAGGAUCCCUACCCUUGAGGACACCACAGCAGGGGCUGAGCCAGGGUCUUGGGGAAGUAGACCAUCCCUGGAAGGUUCCCUGGAAGCUGAGCCUCCUAAGCAACUGAAGGCGGUGGCCAGAGCGAAAUCGUCCCCUACCCUGGGCAGCACAGAGGGCCUCUGCUUGACUUGCAAGAGCCCUCUGCCCUCUUCAGAUGGGAAGCUGGACCUGGGAUGCCAGCUGCCUCCAGUGCCUGGGCUCUGUCAAGGACACUUAGAAGCUCUUGAGACAUCUUUGCCAGACCCCAGUAGCAAGGCUGUAAAAGAAAUCAGCCCUGGGGCCCAAACCGUCCUCAGACAAUCCAGUGGUAGGUCUGUGGCUCCCCAGCUUGCUGAGGACAAGUUACCCUCGGAGAGGAAGAGAAUGAAAGUAGAGGGGCUGGGCCAUCAGGAGCAACCAGGGCCUCUGGAAGCUGAAACCUCAGGUGGCUCUGUGCAGGCUGACCCCCAGCCACCCCAGAAACAGGACAGUGACUCUGAGGAGGUGCUGGGCAGGUCAAAUGAGAGCAUCGUGCAAGGGACCACAGCCCCAGAGUUCUCUAAUGCUUCCUCAGCUGGUUCUACUGCUGCCCCAACAUGGCCAGGACUAGGAGACAAGGAUUCCCCAUUUCCCUUGGUACCCAGGACUCCUGGGCUCCACUCCUUGCUGCCUGCUCAGCCCUGGGAUCCCAGUGUCCCUGCUGCUCUGUCAGGUGGCUCCUUUGCUCCCAGGUACCUCCUCAGGUUACCGCAGGAAGAGAACCCCUUACCACUUGUUGCUCCAGGGCCUGGGGAAGGCCGAGACUCCCUGUGUUUAAGUGCACAGCCUGUAGAACAGGCCCUUUUUGCUGGACCAGAACUGGGAAUGCCCCAGCCACAUGGAGCAUGCUCAGGCCCAGGUGAGGCAGGUGGCAGCCCAGAAGACCCUAGCCGGUCCAGGUCAAGGGAUGGAAGAGAAGAGGCACAAACUGGAAGAGAGAAAAAAGACAGGAUCAAUGGCAGCAUCCCAGUCGCUGAGCACUCUCCUGACACCAACAUGGGCACCAUUCAGGAGACAGCCUCCAUUCUGCCUCCUGACACAUGUGACACUCAUGUGUCCCAGGAUGUAGUGACUGAGACCCAGGCAAUUCAUUGCCUCUGCACAGACAGCCCACCAGCAAGAGCUAGGACAUAUGGGAGCCUUUUGAACCCUUGGAUAUCAUCCCAGAAACUAGGGAUACCUUCUAAGAAUGCCCUAGAAGGUCCUCCUUCAGAGACCAAGGAAGGGCUGCCUGCCUGCUUUCCCUCCCAAACACCCUAUUUCCUCACAUCUUUCACACAGUCCCAGGGUAUUUCCUUGAACCAGCAGAAACUGGCCUCAUCGCACCUCUUAGGGACCCCCAGGAGCUGUGAGGCCCCAAGCCCCUUCCCCUCACUUAAAGCUGAGCCCCAGCUCACAUGGUGUUGCCUGAGCCGCAGCCUGCCCCUGCUGGCAGAGCAGCAGAGGGCAGCUCCCAGGCACUCAGCUUCAUGCUUGCCCGAUAGAAGCCUCCAGGAUGAGAGUGACAGACCACUGCCCAAGAGCAGUGGAGGAGAGACCACGACAAGCCGCCAAGGAGGAGAAGGGCCUUCACAGGCCCCUGAGCUUCCUUAUCCAACAGUCCCAGGGACAAGGGCCCAAGACCAGGUGUCCAGUCCACAGUGGAAGAAAGGAUUGUGCCGUAGGAGGGUGAAGCCAUCUCGUGAGAACACCAAGCAAAAGAAACUUUUGCUUUAUUCUAAGAGGUGCGAAGGGAGUUUCUGGCAGAGAGCCAAACGGCUGUGCAAGCCACCCUGGUUGCCGAGAAGAAGCUGUCUCCCCCACCGACUUGAAGAGUUAGAGCCACGAGGGACCCUCGAGAGGACUUCAGAAGUGGCAGGCCUAAAUCUUCAAGGAGAGACAUCUUGUGCCUGCACAGACUUGUCCAUUGAUCAUAGGGACAGUGAGAAGGAAGGUGACUGCAGACAGACUUCAGAACCCAUCUCUCCUGGCACAAGCUCAGAGACCAUCCUGGAAAUAGACAAGUCAUCUCUGAAGGGUGUUUCUCCAACUGCUGGUGAGCAGAAUGACUGUUCUCAGGAGAAGAAACAUGGUACCGGGCCGGCACUAUCUCUGCAAUCUAAUACGUUCUUGGCAGUGUCUCAGGAAGAUCUUCUGCCCCAGGACAAGGGUCUUGAUGUUGGACCGCCAGGGACUCAGCUGCUGCCUUCCCAGGCUCAAGUCUCCAUCGCUCCCAAGGCAUGCACCUCCCCAGAAGUUCCAGAGCCACCUGCUUCCUUUAGACCCAAAGGAGCAUUUCCACACCACGACACCGCUACCUCUGUGGCUGCCAUCUGUGCUUCUGUGGGGACAAGAACAGGACACAGCACCCUGGGGGUUCACAGCACAGAGUCCUCUGAAGAGCAGUCUGUGGCACAAAGCUCCCCAGACAGAGGAGUCGUGCCGGACAGCAUGCUGCAGGCAUGUCUUCCAGAGAGGCCUUCCUCUGGCCAAAGGUCACCUGGGAAGACUAGUGUAGAAAUGCCACCUUCAGGACCGAGUUCAAUCAGCUCACAACAGGGGGAAGCGAGGGCCCAGGGAGAGUUUUCUUCCUGGGGCCAAUAUGGAUGUGGGGAAGGGGCUGUCCACUGUGCUGCAUCAGGAAGUGAGGAUGGGACUAGCCAAGCUGAAGCAUUAACCACCCCCAGGAGUGUCACAGCUCCUGCUGACCAAGCAGAGCCCUCAGAGGUCCCCGAAGCCCCUUUGAGAUCCAUCCGAAAGACGAGCUUGGAAGGAAUGCGAAAGCAGACUCGGGUGGAGCUCAGUGACACCAGCAGCGAUGAUGAGGACAGACUGGUUAUAGAGAUAUGAUAUGCUUCCAGAGAAAGAUGGUGGCUAUGGUCAAGGACCAAGUGUAAUGGGCACCUAACUCUGUUUA